ACUCAAAGAAAAUUAUCAACCAAAAAAACCAAGGCGGUAUAAUGAAAUUUCAAGUCCGCGGUUCUCAACUGAGACGCCCCUCUGUCCCCGAACCGAAACUCGAACGCAUAGCUCCCUCAAUCACCGUCGAUUCGCCUCUCCAAAACCCUCAAAUUCAUCGAUUUUCAAGCUAACGGCGUACUAGUUUAUCACUGCCACGACGAGUAUAUCACUGUAAUCGAUUUCGGUACCAAGGGUUGAACGCUUCUGAUCGACUUCUCAGUAGCCGAGCUCCCCGCGAGACAAAGGAACUUCGUUUCCUGCGAUUGGUGAAGUUGCGGUGGGUUUUGCGAAGCUGGCUAUGGACUACGCACCCUAUGACAGUAGUGAGGCUUUUGAUCAUGCUUACCAAAGGAACAGGAUUGUAGAUGAGGCAUUGAUGUGCAAGCAUGAAAAUACGACACUGGACUGAUGAUGAUCUUCCUCCCUCACACCAACAUAGAAUUCCAAGAGGGGGUCGUGUAGCAGGGAAUGGAAGAGCUCCUGUAAUGGGUUCUGUCCCAUACCCUAGGAUGUAUGGUGAAACUGAUAUGGAGGCCCAAAUUCACCAGCUUGAGCAAGAAGCUUACAGUUCAGUUCUAAGAGCCUUCAAAGCUCAAGCUGAUGCCAUUACUUGGGAGAAGGAAAGUUUAUUAACGGAACUUAGAAAAGAGUUGAGAUUAUCUAAUGAAGAACAUAGAGAGCUUCUUGGCAGGGUUAAUGCUGAUGAUAUCCUCCAGAGAAUAAGGGAGUGGAGACAGGCGGGUGGGCUUCAACAAGGCAUGCGUGGUACUGGUCAAGUCGUUCAUGAUCCAGUGCCCAGUCCCACUGUCUCGGCAUCUCGCAAGAAACAGAAAAUAACCCAGUCUGGGCCAUCUCAAUCUUUCAGAGGGCCUUCUCCUCCUUUCCACCCACAAACAUUGGCUGCCUCCACCCAACCACCUCCUACUUCUGCAAAACGAGGGCCUGUUAUGGGAGCCAAGGGCAAGAAGCAGAAAUCUGGUCAGAUAUUGCCAAGUGCACCUUCGAUGAAAAUGCAGCAGCCAACCUUGGGUCCAACUGGAAGGGGUCAAAUUGUGAAUCGGGUUUCUUCUAGUUCCCUUGCAGGUGCACCUGCUGAAGGAGCACCAUCUGAUACUUUGAUUGGGAGGAAAGUGAGGACCAGGUGGCCUGAUGACAAUAAUUUUUAUGAAGCUCUUAUCACUGACUACAACGCUGUUGAGGGCCGACAUGCUCUAGUUUAUGAUAUUGGUACUGCCAAUGAGACAUGGGAGUGGGUCAAUCUUGCUGAGAUAUCUCCUGAAGAUAUUCAAUGGGAGGGCGAAGACCCUGGAAUUUCUCGUCAAGGGGGUUUUGGUGGGUCAGGACAUGUAAUGGGUAGAUCUGUUGGGCGAGACGGUGGUCCAGCUGGGGGAAAAGGUAGGGGUGUGAUGAAGGGCCAGUCAAGGAAGGGUUUUCCAUCCUCACAGAAUGGCACUGGAAGGAAACGAUCAGAUGAAAUUAAAAUACUCCAAACAGAUACUCUAAUCAAGGAGGUGGAGAGAGUCUUUGGUGUCAGUCAUCCGGAUCCGCUUGAAGUUGAGAAAGCGAAGAAGGUGCUGAAGGAACAUGAACAAGCGCUUAUUGAUGCAAUUGCACGGCUUGCAGAUAUUUCUGAUGGCGAAAGCGGUAACUAUUUUUUGCAACAUUUCUAUACGCUUUUCAUCUUGUUCUUCUAAGAUUUAUGUGCCAUGCGGACUAAUUGUAAUGCUUCCAACUUUGGCAUCUCAAGGAAGGAGAAUAUCUUCUCACUUUUAGCCUCUGCAUUUUUUACAACAAUGUUUUCCGUUGAAGUGGAUUAUCUGCUAGAAUAUAGCCUUGUGUCCGACAUUAAGACUCGUGGCAUUUCACUAGUUCAAAACAGUUAUUAUUUCGAGGGAGGGAAGGAGGUUCUUUUUUGCUUUGUAAUGCACGUUAGUAACAAGAUCGAUGGCGUGCUUUUCUCGCUUGUUUACUGAAGUCUACGUUUAGGAUCGCCCCUAUUUUGCUGGCGCAUGAGUGCCCUACUAGUUUUGGGGUUUCGAUUGACAGAAGCUGUUUUCUCUGUCUAGGCGGUGGGUUAGCCUUCACCUUUCUUUAUACCCGCCUUUCUUGUUGACAAAUAAGAGAGAUAUAUCUUGGACAUCUUCUUGUUUUUUCUCUGGCUUAGUUCCCCAUUUGACUUUGUUGUUUUGUACAGAUGAGGGUGGACAUUUCAUGCCCAAGGUCCGAGAAUAGUGAACUGCAGAUCCAGUCGAAACUAGAAUAGCAGAUUCACAGGUCAUACAAAUAGCUGGAGGAAUGGGUUUUUGGAUGGUCAAAUCGACCAUAGGUGGUAGGUUUGGAUCCAAUGAUCGGUUAGAUAUUGGAUGCCCCUUUUGAUUACGGUGCUUUGUUGUACCAUGCCAAUUGUAGUUUUCCCCAUCAUUGAAUCGCUCUAGUUUGGGUGUUAUAGUGUAGGCAAAUUGUUAGCUGGGGUGGGUGUUUUACUGUAGGCAAAUUACUAGCUGGGGAUGGGAGUUUUUCUGAACUAAUUGGCUGGUUUUGUGUAAAAUUAUUCCAGCUUGUACAAAGAUUUUUGUUUUAUGUUAAAACGUAUUGACAUGUGCUUCACAUA